AUGGAAGAAUCUGUUAAUUUCGUCAAAGGAUACGGCAAAGUUAACCCCUCCGACGACGAAACAACUGCCGUUCCAUGCCAAUCUCCCUCACCGAAACGCCGUAAAACCGUCGCUGCCGUCAUUACUCUAGGCCUCUUCGCAAUCAUUGUCGGAUCAAUAGUUGGAGCUGCGGAGGUUCAUCAUCGGCGCACCAAAUCACCGGAGCCCCAAUCUUCUUCAGUCAAGGCGGUAGCUUCCAUCAAAGCCGUGUGCGCGGUAACGCAACAUCCGGAGUCAUGUUUCACCGACGUCUCCACCAUCGAUUCCGGUAACUUUUUCGAUCCGGAGGUGAUUUUCAACCUCACGCUCCGGCUAGCGAUCAACGAGCUCACGAACAUCUCGUCGUUGCCUAAAACCCUAAUUUCGAAGUCGCACGAUCUACGAACCGGUUCUGCGUUGCGAGACUGUGCGACUCUGUUCGAUGACGCGUUGAGUCAACUCAGUCGGUCGGUGGAGGCUAUGCAUGUGGGGCCUGUCGGCGGGGAGAAGUUGUUGACGGAGGAGAAAGUGGCGGAUAUGAAGACGUGGAUUAGCGCUGCGAUGACGGAUCAGGAGACGUGUGUGGAUGGAUUGGAGGAGAUGGGAUCGACGGCGGUGGAUGAAGUGAAGUCGAGGAUGCAGAGAUCGAACGAGUACAUGAGCAACAGCUUAGCAAUACUAGCUAAUAUUGAAACCAUACUUGACCAGUUUGGGCUUCGUCUGCAUUGA